GUAUUUGUUUGAAGAUAAAUUUGAUAAUGAAAUUGAGCGUGGGGAUAUUUUUUGGAGGCUUCUUUGCAGCUUUGGGGGUUUUGCUUUUUUUGGUGGCAUUUGGAACUGAUUAUUGGCUUCUUGCUACGGAAAUAGGAAGAUGUUCAAAAGGACCUGAGGAUGCUGGGGAAGAGAAGGCCACUUUCCAUCAUGAAGGUUUCUUCUGGAGGUGUUGGUUUAGUGGAGAUGCAGGAGAGAAUAAUGGAAGCAUGUGGAAGUUCUGGUACACCAACCAGUCACCUUCUAAGAAUUGCACACAUGCUUACCUCUCACCAUUUCCUCUUAUCCGAGAUGAACACAACUCAACCUCCUAUGACUCUGCAAUCAUUUAUCGAGGUUUUUGGACAGUUCUUAUGCUCCUGGGAGUGGUCACUAUUGUGACGGCUAGUUUCUUCAUCAUCUGUGCAGCUCCUUUUGCCAGUCAUGUUCUGUACAAAGCAGGAGGAGGCCUUUUCAUCAUUGCUGGUAUCUUGUUUUCACUGGUAGUUGUGAUGUACGUCAUCUGGGUCCAGGUGAUGGCUGAUCUGGAAAACUACACAAAUAUGAAAAAAAUGGAGUGCCCGGACUUUGCUGUUUAUGUAUGCUAUGGCUGGUCUUUCAUGCUGGCUCCUAUAGGAGUGUUUUUUGCUUUAUUAGCAGGAAUGCUUUUCUUGUUGAUAGGGUGUACCAUUUAUUUGCACUCAGACUAG